AUGAUUGAUCCUGUGUAUAGUACUUCUUAUUACAUUGAUGUACUUGUGAAAUAUAAAGCGCAAAAAAGAAAACUGAUAAAUAAUGAAACAAAUGAGCAAUUAGUUAAAUGUCAAAUGACACGUGGAAAAACAUGUGCACAUUAUACAUAUGAUCGGAUACAGACCAUCAGCAUCAUCACAUCAUCAUCAUCAUCAUCAUCAUCAUCAUCAUCAUCAUCAUCAUCAUCAUCAUCAUCAGCAUCAUCAUCAUCAUCAUCAUCAUCAUCAUCAUCAUCAUCAUCAUCAUCAUCAUCAUCAUCAUCAUCAUCAUCAUCAUCAUCAUCAUCAUCAUCAUCAUCAUCAUCAUCAUCAUCAUAA